AUGGACGCGGAUGAUGCGACUGCGCGCUUUUCAGCCAAGUACAGCGUCGAGAAGCUAGCUACGCAAUGGAAUUUAGCACCCGACGUGUGCAGGACGUUAAAUAAUCGGAACAUUUGUUCUUUCUUUCCCGUCCAGGCUGUGGCAAUUCCCAAGAUCCUCGCAAGUGACAACGACCGGGUGAUGGACAUUUGUAUCUCAGCACCAACAGGCAGUGGCAAGACGUUGACGUAUGUGAUUCCUAUUGUUCAUCGUCUUUUGAAGCGUAUAGUAUGUCGUAUACGUGCUCUCAUUGUAUUACCUAGUCGAGAUCUUGCUGUACAAGUACAUGAGAUUAUGCAGCAAUUCUGUAAGGACACACCACUCAAGUGUGGAUUGGCCAUUGGACAGAAUAAUUUUACAAUGGAGCAAAAGACUUUGGUAGAAGAGAGAGAGGGAUCAAGUGAAAGAAUAUCGACAAAGACACAGAGUUUAGUGGACAUUUUAGUUGCCACACCAGGACGACUCGUGGAUCAUUUAGAACAGACGCCAGGUUUUACGUUACAGCACCUACAAAUUAUGAUUGUUGAUGAAGCAGAUCGACUCUUGAAUCAAUCGUACCAAGACUGGAUUACCAAGGUUUAUGCUAGUAUCUUUAAUGGCCAAGAGGUAGAAGAUGAAGGUUUAGACGUUGGAAUUGGUGUCACUUGUCGACGUCAGGACUCUAUAAACAGACGCUACAUUCGUACGCCACUCACAAGAGUGCUAUUGUCUGCGACACUUACGCAAAACCCGCGUAAAUUAGCCGCCAUCGGCAUGAGCAAUGCUGAGCUGACCAAGAUUGGACGGGUUGAUGAUCCGCUUGCUGAUAAUGCCAAACAGGGCAUUGCUGGCAACCUGGAAGACGAUGUGGAGGACGAUAAAGAAGCUCUAAGCUCGACGAAUAUGUACUCGACGCCAGCAAACCUGGACGAGUAUUGGAUCGAGUGCGAUACUGGAUCGAAACCGUUGGUGUUAUUGGAGGUGCUGAGUGAUUUUGCUGGCUCGCUGUCGAUUGUCUUUACGUCGAGUGUAAGCUCCACGCACCGUCUAGCACGAUUGCUUCAAUUGUACUCAACCCAUUCCGAGCGUAUUCGUGAGUUUUCGAGUACUCUAUCUCAAAAACAAAGAUCGGCCCUGGUUGCAAAUUGUAAGGGUGGACGCGUGGAAACCGUCGUGUGCUCAGACGCUAUGGCGCGCGGUAUGGAUAUUGAGGAUGUCGCAAACGUUGUCAAUUACGACGUGCCUUCGUUUAUUAAGACAUACAUUCAUCGUGUUGGUCGCACGGCUCGUGCUGGUCGUCACGGUCGCUGUGUGACUCUCGUAAAGAUGGGUCAAAUGAGAGGCAUGAUGCGCAUGCUCAAGAAGGCAGACAACAACAAGCUUAAACCGUAUCAGCUCCGGCAGGACCACAUGAAGACAUUGGUGCCUCGGUACACUGAAGCUCUUCAGCAGCUCAAGGACACACUCGAAGCGGAGAAAGCUGGUAAGCUUCAGGCCACCUCUAUUCUUCGCAAACGCAAGGACUCUGUAAGCAAAGAAAACAAGGAAAACGGCACCACAGAGGAUGUUACUUUAGAGGAAAAAGUCAUCGGCGCUAACAAAAAGCGUGCAUUCUCAGUUCUAUGCGGCCAGCUUGAACGGAACUUGGAAUACAGAAAACUUUGUAAGCAAUGA